UUCUUAGUUCAGCGCUGAAUUCGAAGAUGUUGAGCUGAAACUGAGUCCCCCCCCCUCCCCCUCACGUCUUUUUGCAUGAAUUGCUCGUGUUUCAGCUUGAUCUGGAGGCGUUCUUCGGAACUCGGCGGAAUUCCGGAUGUGUGCGGGUAGAGCGGGAGUGAGGCGGGGUUGGCAUGGUUUUUGUUUCUUAAGAGUUGCGGAGGAUUUGGUAGGUAGUUCUGUUUAGGUGGUUGCUUGGGAUUGCUAAUGAAGGAUUUUAAAGAAAAAAAUUGGGGCCGCAGAUGUCUGGAAGUAUUCCUCAGGAAGCUAUCAAUCAUGUUCAGAACAGCUAAUAGCAAUACGAUAAAAACAUCCUUAAUUACUUAAGGAUCCGGAUGAUUUCUGGAAUUCAAGUUGCAAUAGACACAUCAUGGAUCCCGAGGUUCUUAGUUUCCAACUCAAACAAACUCUUCGUUGACCCAACUGCGAUUAUUUUACUGCUCUCUCGCUUCUUGUGUAUGAUUAUGGUCUUUUGUGCGCCCCGUCAGCUUUUCUUAUUCCUAUGUGAUGGGUCCAUGAAGGUGGAGUCGAAAGGGCCGAUCGAUAUAACUAGCAGUCUUGAGAAGAUCAAGAAGCAAUUAAAUAGUUGUAGAGCGGGUAAUGUGCUUCUACAAGGACCCCUUCUCAAGCGCUCUGAAAUUAUUCGCAAGUGGGAAUGGAGAUGGUUUGUUCUGGAUGUUUUAACGGGAAAACUUGAAUACUGGUCUCACAGAGGAGAUGCAAGUCCCAAGGGAGCGGUGAACUUUGAUGCCAACAGCUCAGUUACGAUUUCUCCUAAAAAUAUGUUGAAAGAGGCAAAGUAUGAUGCUUGCUGUUUCUAUAUCAUAACAUCUCGAGAAAAAGAGUACUUCUUUUGUGCUGAGACUCCAAAAGCUGCAGAAGCUUGGGUAGCGACAUUGAGGGCUGCAGUAUCUGUACUGAAAGCACAUAAACAAGCAGCAAACUUUUUGAGCGGCAAUGCAUUCUGCAAAUUGGAAAAUGUGGCCUCCGUGUUCGCUGCUGCCAUUGAUAUUACUAGCGAAGCAGCCCUAAAUUUGCAGUUGUCGAUGAAAGCUGCUGCAUUGUCUCCUUCAGCUUCCUUCAAAAGCCCCAUCUCAGCUGCUGUCUUAUCUGCUUCGGCCUCCUUCAAGAAUCCCAUUCCAGCUCCUGAUAUGGAUAGCUCUGAUCUGAUAAGGGAAACAAUAAAGGUUAAAGCCGAGGAGAUUCAUCAACUUGCAAGUGAUCUGAAGUCACGGGAUAUAAUAAUAAAGGAGUUGGCAGAACGUCUUACCGAGACGGCUGAAGCGGCUGAAUCUGCAGCUUCUUCGGUUCACAUAGUAAACAAGGGAUGCAAUGAGGCUCUGUCAGAGGUCGAUCGCUUACGCAGGCAACUCUUACAUGCAGUUAAACGGGUCAGGGAUGCUGAUGCACGACGAGCAGCUUCAUUGAAAGUUGAAGAGACCGCCUCAAAAGAAGCGCAUAGAUGUCGUCUGGAGCUCGGAAAGCUUCGGGAACGAGAAGUGAUUUUGGAGGCAGCUAUGGUGCGUGUAGAUGAAGACAUCAGACGACUUAAAGUUGCUCAUGAACAUGAAAUAGCCCGGAGAUUGGAAAUCUCCAAAUCAAGGAUUGACUGUACACCGCGAGUGGAGAAUUUCGUAAUGGAUGCAAAUUUGCAAAAAGACAAUGCUUUAAAAACUGCAGAUGUUGAUUCUGAAAUUGAGAAGUUAAGUCCAGAAGCUUGUGUUGAUGGUGCGGCAUUACUAGAAACUCCUCAAGCUGCAGAUUUUGAUCUAAGAGUUGAGGAGCGAAAUACAGAAGCCUGUGCCAAUGAUGCAACAUCGCAAGGCACAUCUCAAGCUGCAAAUGUUGAUUUUAAAGUUGAUGAGUCAAGCUUAGAAGCUUGUGUUAAUGAUGCGACAUUAGUAGAAACUCCUCAAGCUGCAGGUAUUGAUCUAAGAGAUGAGGAGCGAAAUACAGAAGCCUGUGCCAAUGAUGCAACAUCGCAAGGCACAUCUCAAGCUUUAAAUAUUGAUUCUAAAAUUGAGAAGUUAAGUCCAGAAGCUUGUUUUAAUGAUGCGGCAUUAUUAGAAACUCUUCAAGCUGCAGGUACUGAUCUAAGAGUUGAGGAGCGAAAUUCAGAAGCCUGUGCCAACGAUGCAACAACGCAUGGCACAUCUCAGGCUGCAAAUGUUGACUCAAGAGUCGACGAGUUAAAUCCUGAAGUCUGUGGUAAUCGCUCAAAAUUGCCAUGCACAUCUCAAGUUUCAACAGUGGAACUAGCAGGAUCUUGGGAAGAUUCGGCUUCAGGGCUGAGAAUUUCAGGUCUAAUGCCUGUGCAUACUUUAGAAGAGUGUGUAGCUGAUCCUAGGGAAUCAGUGGCGUCAAGCCCAGAGCUUGCUUCAUGUGAAACUCUUAGUGCAAGUGCUGACUCGCCCUCAGUAAGCGGAAUCGAUCAGCAUGAACAUGCAGCCUCGGUAUGUCCAACUCCAUCAAAUCUCCGAGAAAUUUUACGCAGUGAUGAUGAUAAGGUGGUUCCAUCAACUCUCGGUACCUCUGGCUCUCCAGCUCCAGAAAUGAAAUCGGUUGGGUCUAGUGAAGACCCGGCGUCAGAGUUGAAAGUAACGUCUUCUCUAAUAUUGGUAAAUACUUCUACCGAUGGUUCAACUAAUUUCACGAAAUCACCAUCAUCAGGCCAAGAGCUUGUUUCAGGUAUUGCUCCCUGUACAGAUAAUUCCUUACCCUUACUGAACGCAGCCGACAACCAUGAGAGUGCAGCCUAUGUGUGCUCAAUUACAUCUGAAUUUCCGGAUGUGAUCCCAAAAGAUGAUAUGGCGGUGUCUUCACACCCCAGUCUCUUCGCCAAUUGCGGGAGUACCAUUACUGCUUCGGACUGCAUGAAUGCGCAUUUAAAGGUGAUAGGGAUGGCAAAUGAAAGUGAAGAUCAUAGCAAUACUAGCGAUGGAAGCAGCGAUAACAAAAAUGAGACAAAGACAGAGGUAACGGAUGAGCGUAACAUGACCACGGUGAAGAGUAAUGAGAUGGCAACAUGUCUAGUGCCCUCAGAAGAGAAGUUUGUUGUCAAGCAAGAGCAAUGCAAAGGUAUUAGUUACCUUUUUUCAAGCUGGUGGUCAUAAGAUGCUCAAAUUUACGAAUAUUUGUACAUAUGUAAUUUAUACUCCCAUCUCCCUAUUGAAGCAGUAACUUGGUCAAGUGGUGGACACAUGUAAUCUCGCAUCUUGUUUGACCCUAAGAGCAAACCUGCCUAGAUUGUAUGCUAGGUUUGAGAUUUUAGAGGAAUCUAUGAUCAACUGAUUACAACUUUUAAUGAAAUGUUACUUUCAUACUGUUGUGAAAGGUCUUUGAUAUAUAAUGCAGUUUUCCUGCUUUCUACUCAA